AUGGAAACGCAGCUUACUGAGGUUGAUACCUCUUUAUUAUUUUUCUACCAUGGUAUGGUAGAUGACGGUCAAUAUGAUGUGAUUUUUGCCAUUGAAUUUUUGGAUUUUUUAACAAGUGUCAUGGAGCCAAACAGUACAGGUUGUCUUAAAACAGCUCUCAUAGGAAUGGUUAUCUCCCUUCCCAGCAUCAUGGCAUUUGGUGUCUGUCCAUUAGUAAAAGUGGGACAAAAUCCAAGGUCAAGGAGUGAGGUAUGGAAAUAUUUUACUGUUAUUGAAAAUAAUGGUAAAAAGAAGGUUAAAUGCAAUCUUUGUGCCAUUGAACUGUCUUAUGCAGGGGGAAGCACAGGCACUAUGAUGAACCACAUUAAAUUCAAGCAUAAAUCGACUAACUUAAGCAAACCAGUCGCCCAGCAGUUAAAACAAGCACCGAUAACUGCUUUCAGAUCUCCUCUUCUAUCAGUCACAAGAGAGAAAUAUCAGAAAAUUACACAAAAACUAGCAUUAAUGUGUGCACGUGAUCUACGACCAUUGAGUAUUGUAGAGGGGAGAGGGUUUCAGGAAUUCUGCACAGAGCUGAAUCCGCAAUUUAAAGUUCCAUCCCGCACAACCGUUUCAAAUUAUGUCACUCUCCAAUACAAUGAUGCUGUUCAAAAUUUAAAAGACGUCAUUAAAAACCAAAUUGCUGUUGCGUUUACGUCUGAUCACUGGACUAGUCUGGCGACAGAAGGUUACAUAACAAUGACGGCUCAUUUUGUUGAUGACCAAUGGAACUAUCGUAACUCGGUUCUAGCUACAAGAAAAGUUACAGAGCGACACACAGGAGAAAAUACGGCAAAUGAAAUCCGUUCAAUUUCAAAUGAGUUUGGAGUUAACAACACACAGAUAUGUGCUAUAGUGACGGAUAAUGCUUCGAAUAUGGUGUCCUGUGUUGAGCAUCUUCGGUGGGAACACAUUCGAUGCUUUGCUCACACAUUGCAGUUAGCAAUUCGCGGUGGGUUCGAUAAUGCGAGUUCUCUAUCGAAAACAAUUGCUGCAACAAAGAAACUUGUUUCUCAUUUUAGAAAAUCGGUUAUUGCUACUAACGAAUUGCAUGUUCGACAGAAACAAAUGUCCCUCCCUGAGAACAAUUUGAUCAUUGACUGUCCUACGCGUUGGAAUAGUACAUUUGAUAUGUUUGAGCGUCUGCAGGAGCAACGUAUGGCUGUGUAUGCUGUUCUGCAUGAUAAAAAAGUUACCAAAGAAAAUGACGCCAGAAUUCUCGACUUAAGUGAUGGACAGUGGUUAAUUUUGGAAGGAAUGAUAACAGUGCUGCGGCCAUUUUAUAUGGCGACAAGAGUGAUGUGCAGCGAGGAGUACCCAAAUGUAAGUGGUGUAUAUCCAAUACUUUACAGCCUACUCAACAAACACCUAACUUCCACGGACUCGGAUUGCGUUGCCGUGGCCUCAUUUAAGAGACACGUAAAGUCUGAUUUGGAAAGCAGAUUUUCAAUUGGUUCUGAAGUUGAAAGCGUUCCGAUGCUUUGCUCAUUCUUGGAUCCACGGUACAAAUCCCUCCCCUUUUUGUCUGAGGAGAAGAGAACUGUUGUGCAGGAAGCAAUCAAAUCCUAUUUUCAGCGUGACACAACUGAUAUUCUACCCAAUGAACCAGCUGCUGAAAAAUCCUGUUCGGAUUUACAGAAUAAUUCACAAGAAUAUGAACCAACGACCAAGCGUGGGCGUAUUAAUCAGGAUGAUAUGUCGUACUUGCUUGGAGAAUACUAUGAAACUGAUUGUGAAAUUGUUGCCCCGGCAACAAUUGAAGAUGAAAUCAAGUUAUAUGUGUCGGAAAAAAUUGUAAAUAGGAAAUCCAACCCUUUUAUUUGGUGGAAGAAAAAUACUGAAACCUACAAGAAGCUAUCUAUGUUAGCCCGGAAAUUACUCUGCAUUCCUGCGACCUCGGUUUCCUCAGAGCGCGUAUUUUCUACCGCCGGGGGCACAGUUACCAAGCUGCGAGCAUCGCUUGACUCGGACUCGGUCGACAAGCUUGUUUUCUUGAAUAAGCAGUUGAAACAAGAGGAAAAAAUUGCAAUUGCAGUAGCUCAGGAAACUUUAUCAUCUACUCCCGGUCCCGAGAUUAUUCAGGUGAAACAGGAACCAAAGUCCCCUCCUCGGCCAAAUCAAGAAACACCCGAAACAGGAAUGCCUUCACUGCCAACACUCCCCAUAUUUGAUGACUGA